UUUCUUUCUUUCUUUCUUUCUUCCUUCCUUCCUUUCUUCUUUCUUCUUCAAGCUAUUUAUAACGAGUCAUCUCGUUCCCAUUGCUUCUUGCUCGGUAAAGCUUUGAAUAUAUAGACGUUGUUGGCUGCCUCUAUGUCAGCUCAGAAGGGUUAUAUAAUUAUACUUUAAGACUGGUGUGGAGAAAUUUCUUCCCAGUUGUGCAUUGUCUACUCCUUGUGUGUGUGCAGUGUCGAGACCUCUCUGAACCAAAGACAUGUCUGAAAACGCUUUUCUCAAGCGCCUGGAGAAUGGCGGGAACCUGGUGGUUGCCGAGGGUUAUCUGUUCGAGUUUGAGCGGCGUGGGUACCUCAAGGCGGGAGCCUUUGUGCCGGAAGUGGUCAUCGAGCAUCCCGACCUGGUCAAGAACGUCACGGAGGAGUUUGUCCACUCCGGAAGUGACGUCGUUCUAGCUUUCACUUAUUACGGCCAUAGGAGGAAGCUUCAAGUCAUCGGACGGGAGGGGGACCUGGAGAAGAUGAACAGAGGCGCUCUGAAGAUAGCCAGAGAGGUUGCCAAGGCAACGGGGACGCUGAUGGCGGGCAACAUCUGUAACACGACGUUGUACCAGAAAGACAAACCGGAGUCCAUUAAGGAAUGCGAGGCUAUGUUCAAGGAGCAAAUAGAAUGGGCCGUAGAAGAAGGAGCAGAUUUCAUUGUCGCCGAAACCUUCUCUGAGCUGGGUGAAGCCGCUCUCGCACUGGAGUGUAUCAAGAAAUAUGGAAAAGGCAAGCAGGCGUUUCCCGUUGACCUACCGGCCCAGCUGUGUGGGAGGACGGAGAUCAAGCAUUUUGCCCAGGCCUGUAAGGAGAUAGGCGUGCAGUAUGUGGGGCUUUGCUGUGGGAACUCUUCCCACUCACUCAGAGUGGUGGCCGAGGUGUACGGACGUGAACCCCCGGCCAGCCGGUACUCCCCCGACAUGAGCCAGCAUUUCAUGUACGGAAACAAACCGGAAUUUUUCCAAUGUCACACGAAAUCUUUGAGAAACGACUAUGACGGGACGUCCUAAAAAGGUCGAGGAUGAUCACUCUACGAUCCCGUUCGAGUUCGAUCGAUUCCUUUCGAUUCGAUAAACGAUGUAUUGUUGUGUUGUUGGCUGUAUGACACAAAAUAAACUGUCCACGUAACAAACAA